AUGGAGGUCAACACCUUUGGAGGGAACAGAAAUAUGAUCAGAGGCAUUGAUCGUAAGAAAGAGGAGAAGAAGCUACAGAACCUGGAAGGGAAGAAGCGAGAGCAGGCAGAAAGGUUGGGCAUGGGCUUGGUAUCACGAAGCUCUGUUUCCCACUCGGUGCUGUCUGAGAUGCAGGUGAUUGAGCAGGAAACCCCAGUGAGUGCAAAAUCCUCUCGCUCGCAGCUGGACUUGUUUGAUGAUGUUGGUACUUUCGCCUCUGGACCCCCAAAGUACAAGGACAACCCCUUUUCCUUGGGGGAAAGUUUUGGUUCCCGUUGGGAUACAGAUGCUGCCUGGGGUAUGGACAGGGUAGAGGAGAAGGAGCCAGAAGUGACCAUCUCAAGCAUCCGGCCUAUUUCAGAAAGAGCCACAAACCGGAGGGAAGUGGAAGGCCGGACCUCAGGCCUCGAGUCCAGUGAGGCACGGCAGAAAUUUGCAGGAGCCAAAGCCAUCUCCUCUGGGACAUGUCCUUGGCGGCGAGUGGUGCCCAGCCCCUAUGGUCCGACCCGUCUUGCUGUGGGGGAUCGCUACGGUUCCUACUGA